ACCGUGGUGUUACUCAGGGAAGGGAAUCGCAGCCUCUACCUGAGCCCCACGACUCAUGAUGGUCUUGGAAACCCCUCCUGCAUUUAUUUAGCCUGUGAGCACUGUGUUGUUCCUGUGCUGGACUUUGAAGAGAGAUAUAUCGAUGCAGUGCAAUAUGUGCGUGUGAAACCAUGGAUCCAGGACCAUGAUUCCCAGAUGAGGUGAUGGGGCUGAGGGGGCUGAGGGAAGACUUGGACGUUCGCUGAGGAAGCAAGGAAGGUGCCUGCCCAGUGGGACAGGUGUGGCGGGCAGCGGGACCAAUGGGGAAGUGCCUGUCGUGUCUCAAGGUCCCUCCUCCCGCCCACCAGCAGAACCUCUCACACCAGACCUCACUGCAGCAGCCUCCCCCUCCACUUCGCCACGAACACGAGCGAACCAGAGAAGUAAGCGAGAGCGGCAGCAGUCUGAAUGGCGUGGAGGGGCGCUCCCCUGUGCCUCCACCUGAUGCACAGAGUAAUGGCAGUGGAAAGAAUUCUAUUAUAAUCAGUGCCUCAGAGAAACGUUCAUUUUACUCUAGAAUCCCACCACUGGCCAAGUCAGCAAGCAAUGAAGUGAGAAGAUUAUCAUCCAAGGAUUACUCUGAAGCUAAAAUUAGCAACUUGUUUGAAGUGUAUAAAGAUCAGCAUUGUGAUUAUAUCUUAUCAGAAGGUAUUGAAAACCUCUGUAGAGAUCUUGAUGUUAGACCUGAGGAGUUCAAGGUCUUAGUUCUUGCUUGGAAAUUUGGAGCUGAAACAAUGUGUAGAUUUAGUAGAAGAGAAUUUGUAUCUGGAUGCAAAGCUCUAAAAGUGGACUCCAUUAAAGGUAUACAGUCCAAAUUCUCAGAAAUGCUUAUUGAGGUCCAGGACCCAGAAAAAUUUAAAGACCUCUAUAGAUUCACAUUUAAAUUUGGCCUGGAUGCAGACUCUGGGCAACGAAUCCUACCGUCCGAAAUGGCACUGUUGUUGUGGAAGCUUGUGUUUUCUCAGCGUGAGCCUAGUGUGUUGAAGAGGUGGUUGACGUUCCUCGAAAGACACCCACACAUUCGCGGUAUUCCCAGAGACACUUGGAACAUGUUUCUAAAUUUCACUGAGGCCGUUGGAGAUGACCUCAGCUCAUAUGAUGACACAGAAGCCUGGCCAAGCUUAUUUGAUGACUUUGUGGAAUAUGAAAAUGAUCAGUUGAACCAAAAUAUUUCAAAGGAUCAUAAGGAAGAGAGUGAUUAAUAUAACGUUUCCGCUAGGGUUGUUUCAUGUUUUUAGUCUUCUUUCAUGACAUCAUUGAAGGUCUGCUUGACCUGAUGUGUUUUGCCUAUAUGAAAAGUGCUCAUGGAAUUUAGUUUAGAAGGUGUUACUACUUUGCUGCCAUGACUUUAGUUGUUAAGCUUGGCUGGUGUAGGUUAUAUUGUAUACCAUAACAGAUGCUGGCUUGGAUAUACAAGGUCUGUUCAAAAAGUAUCUGAAAAAUUAAGCUUUCGGGUUUCAUUUCUGAUCUCUUUCAAACUAGACUCCUUGUGACUCCACACUCUCAGCUCAGCUGUCAUGUCAUUACUGGCAUAUUUUGAAAUUUGUGGAGUCAUAUCUAUGUACUGUACUGUACCCAAGACUCUUCCUUGUUGGUCAUGGUUUCAAGGAAGUCAGGACCACUGUCACACUGAGGCACAUCCUACACAUCAGUGCAGAGCCACUAUUGUUCACAUGAAAGGAGCUUGCAUACAAAUUUUGCAGCCACUCUGUCAAAAUAACAUGUAUAGAAUCAUCCUAGUGUCAUUAAGAAGUUCUCAGAUGGUCUUCCAUAUUCAAAUUACACACUUGAUCAAUGACAUAUGGAUGUCAGCUUGCUGGUGGCUGACAAGAGGUUGGUCACUUUAAGCCUAAGUUCAGCUAUCCUAAAACCUUUUAAACUACCUAUUUUGGAAAACUUGAUGCAGUAAGCAUCAAUGCUCAGUUUGCUGCCAUGGCAUGUUAGUUGAAGAUGGAAUGAUAACCUUGUGUUGCACAGCCACACAUAUUGGCAGCAUGGCAGCAAGUAAAUCACUUGGCAAACCUACAAAGUGAUGCUCAGUAAGGUCUAUCACCGCCUGGCACUGGCCUCACCUCUCAGCUUCAGAUGAUUUCUGAGGAAGAAGUAAGGUUGGAUACUUCUUUGAACAGAUCUUAUUAUACCAAAAAUUGUUUUGAGAGAUUGACUGUCACAAAUAUUCUCUGACAUUAGUAUUCAUCACAAUAGCAAGUGGAUUAGAGACAAGAAGACUUUGCACUGAAGUAAUGAAGUAUGAUCCUGUUUGGAUCAAAUGUGAUAUUUCUACAAAUUUAUGUACUACUUUCAUAUAUGGGGCCGAGUUGUAUUAUAGUCCUCACAUGUAGUGUAAUAUUUACAAUUUGUCUGUUGCAUACACUUAACAUGUUUCAAAAUUUCUUUUAUGUUGUUACCACAAGAAUCCUAAGAAAUGCUUUUUAGAAGUCUGUAAAUGACAUAAGUCACAGUGCCUGCAGCAGACCACCACAGGUUUAACUUAGGCCCUGUAGUAACAUAUUGGGAUUACAAAGUAACUCUUGCAUGCAUGUGUCCAUUGGUUGAAAGUAUUUUGUAUUUCUAUUAUUUUUGCUCAACACUUACCUGUAAUUACUAGAAAGUUUAAUUUGCCCACUGGCUGUCCAUGACUAGAUUCUCCUUCAUCAGUUAAAUGUCAGGAGCUUUUAUCAGCACUUUCUUAAGAAAUGGCUGUUAUUUUAUUUGUACUGAAGGAUUUUUUAUGAUGUUGGGUUGAUAAUCAUAUAGGUUGUUUUUAUUUUUUGCAUACACUCAUCAUUGCACUCACUCAAAGACUUGAUGGCACCAUAAGUAGUGAAGUGGUGUGUUCUGGCACCGGCAGACCUGGGCUGGGUAUGUGCAUUUUCAAGCUGAUUGAUGAUGAGCCAUUCAUACAGAAGUGACAUUGAUGCACUGAAUUGGCCAUGUUAAAAAAUUUUGUCUCACAAGGAAUCUAUGACAAUCUUGUAGUGUAAUAUAAUUUAAUGUUCAGUUCUUUAUGCUAUUUUCAACAUUAAACUUAUACUUCUUUUCUCAUUACAUUGUAUCUGUUGAUGUGAAGUGAUGAGAAGACCCUAAAUUUGGGAAUACACUUGUACAUAAUUUGAGGAAAUGUGAUGCUAUUUCUUGUAGUUGAGGACUGCAAAGCAUUCAUGUUGUUGAAGGUUACAGAGUAACUGAUGAUCACAACUCAAGUGUGUGAUGGUGAAGACUGGUGAAUUAUAUGGCUGUUGGUCUUCCACUCCUGCUGCACCACACACACACACAUACAGAAGGGUAGGAUUGUUAGCUUUAUGCUUUUGCUGGGCUACAAUGUCACAACUCCACAGCUUGCAUCCUUGAGCUUUUCUUUGCCAGCUGAUUAAGAACUACAGUAUGAAAAGAAAUAAGUGGAAUAUCUCUGCUUUGACCAGGAUUCAAAUUUGAGUACUGUCAGCUGUGAGUUGAGUGGGCUGAUCCUCACACCGCUUGAGUGAUUCAUUACAAGAGCAAAGGAUUAGUAUUGGUAGAUGGAUGGAUAUAAAGCAACUACCUAGAGAGUAGUGUCAAGCUUUUUGCUAAAAUGAAAAAUGACCGUAAAGAGCCAUUUUGUGAAAAGCAAUUUUGAGUGUUGCAAACAUGUUACCAACUCUUUAUUUUCAUUAAUUUGUGUACUUUUUAAUUUUAUUUUCCACUCUAAUCAGAAAAAAUGGCAAGAAUUUCAGGAAUGUUAGUUAAUAGAGCAUCUCGAAGCUAAACAUUACUAAAAAUUCCAUGAAACACAGGAAGCAUUCUUUAAUUGCACUGUUAGUCUGCAGUUUAACAAAUUUAUUUAAUUUACACAUUUAUAAUUUAUAGAGAUACAAAUAUGCUUUUUUUUUUUUUUUUUUUUUUUUUUUUUUUUUUUUCAAAACAUCUUGACAGCCGUAUUGAAAUUGUAAUCACCCUUCAGAUCACAUAUCACACCUAGCUUUAACAGUGUAUUCCUAUAUGAGUGCAGGUUCUUAUCUCAAUUACUUAUAAGCUCACUAUUUUAGUUACAGCAUUGCUGCAGUGUUUUUCAUUUAUGUAUUCUUAUAUUUCUUGCUAUUGAUUCUUGAAGUUUUGGGACUAACUUGACUGUGUACAUUUUUUAGAGCUACACUUUAAAGAUUUCUAUAAAAUUUGAUGGUAAUGAAGAUGUGGAUUUUUUCAUAAAGCAGCUUCAUCAACUUUGAUGUUCUGUUAACUUCAUUAUUUUUACGAAAUAUCUCGUUUACUUGUUACCAUCACUUGGAAGUUGUAAGUUUUGGACGUAGCAUCUUGUAGUGGGUAUGAGUUCCUGUUACAUUUUAAAUUUUGUGUUGCUAUCAUAACCACAAAGCAAUUAUUUGUUCACCAAUUGUUGAUUUCAUUGCUUUUUGGGUUGAUGGAUGAGUUUAAGAGUGUUUUAAAUGCUUAAAGAAAUAGUUGUUUAUUAGUAUCUGCACUUGAUAGUGAAUGUUUGAUGUAUGUAUGUGCUGAGUGGACAUUUAUUUAUUAAAUGAGCGUGCAAUUUUACAUGAUACAAAUUUAAUAUUCUCAUGGGAUUAAAGUCAAGGAAAAUGGAGACUUUAGAUUAACCAAAGCUGAUGCUAAAAGCGAAAGGAAAACACUGAAUCUCUUUACCGUUAAGUUAUCAUGUGGGAAUAUUUGUACAGCAACAUGACAAGGUCUUUAGACAGGGAUAGCCCUAAUGUUCCUUCUGUGCUUAGUGAUUGCAGACUUUGGAAAUAUUUUUGUACAAUGCUUAUAUUUCAUGCAGAUGUCUGUACCUGUUUAAUAUUGGUAGAAAUGACUCCCUUUUCUUUAUGUUUAUCCAAAGGCUCCUCAGUAAAGCCAAACUUGGUAUAGUUGUGGUAUGAAGUCUAGUAACUUUCUGCUCUCAACUUCUACUAAUUGAAGUUUUCCCUCAAUCCUAAGUCCUCAGGUCUACUGACAAUCUCCUUACAAAACUUGACACUUGAUGGAUUUUCAGCAGAUGAGAGGACUUAACAUUGAGGGAAAACACUUAACACAGUGGAAAUGAGUGAGGCAGGUUGCACGACUAUCAGCCACCGCUGUGCCACACUACAUGGAGUGAUACUCAGCAGGGUUCCCCUCACAGGUUGUAACCUUUGGCAGUCACCUCCUGUCUGUGUAGUGUGUAGUAAAGUCUUCACAAAAAUAGAUUGGAUUCUUGUUAGCUGCUGCAUUAGGAUAGGAGGUAGUUUAGAUGGAUAUAGUGUGAAAUUGUGUGAAACCUACAGGAUGGAGAACUGAUCCCCAGGGCACAUUGUAAUAUGUAGAAAUUGUAACUUAUUUUUGCCAUUUUAUCAUUUGCUUUUAAUCUUCUUUGGUUAUAAUUGCACUGUGCUUGUAAUGUGUAGCACUUUUUGUCAUUAAGAAUUAAGCAUGAGUAAAUUUACAGUCUGUUUCUGUACAUGUGGUCUAAUAUGAUCAUAGUUUGCUGUGGCAUUCAAUUGAUUAGCUGUUCAUGUUGAAAGGUGAACUUUUAAUAUAUCAUAAAAAAGGAAAUUGCAUGAAGCAAGAAUCUUCUAGUCAGAUGCCAGUCACAUUUAUACUGAAAAGAAAACACUUUUGAUGAAAAUAUUAAUGAAAUUAUACUUAUUCUUGGCAAACCAAAAUGUGGCCCUGGUAAUGUUGCACACUCCAUUAUUGUAAAUGUGAGAACGCUGAAGUCAGAGAAAAGUGCACUAAUGGAUUGAAAUAGUUAUGCAAUGUAGGAAGUGAGUGGCAGUAGAUGUUUGGGAAGGGAAGGGUUAUUAGAAGUUGGCAAAUAUAAUUCAUUAUAUAUAUCAUGCAGUAUAGCAAGUAGUAGGAUACAAAGGGAAGAACCUUUGAUAAGAAAGGAUGAGGUGCUGGGAGAUCUACUGUAAUUCUCUUUGUAAUCAUCCUCUUGAGUUUGCUACGAAGGACUGGUGUCAUUGUUAGACUAGAAACACGAGACAAGCAGAGGAUCUAAGGAUUCAGAUCUUAUGUAAUGCAUUCUCUUAUAAUUCAAAACUUUAUGCAAACCUGUAGCAACGUUACCUAUGUGGGAAAGUACUCCCAUUAGGGCAAGGAGAAAUGUAGAUAACUAUUAGUAUUACUUUAUUUAUACACAGAUUAUUUUUAACUCUAGUAAAGAAUAUUAAGAACUUCAUGAUUCUCACUUGGUCAUAAAUCAGGCUGGUGAACCUGUACCAAUUAACAGCACCAUACAGUCCUGACCAAUUGCAGGGUUUUUUCUAGGAAUAACUAAAAAUGCAGAAAGAAGUAUGUGCUGUCAAAAUUCUGGAAAACACUCAUGCAGUCAGUGCUUCAUGUAAUGCAUCUUUUGAUUCUUGGUCGACAUGUUUGUUUUCUGUACAUAAUUGAGCAUAAGUUGAUGUUCACCUACAGGAAAAAAUGUAGGGCUGUAUGUAAACUUUGGCAGCUUUAAAUACACUUUUGAUUGGUUCCUUAUGACAUGUACACACACACACACACACACACACUGUGAGAUACAGAGACAGGACAACACGAGCAUAGGUUCCCCUCCCAUAAAAUACAACUAGGUAAAUACACACACACACACACACACACACACACACACACACACACACACACACACACACACUCUCAAAAGUAUGCAGCAUGAAAUAUUCUAACAUAAUUUUUUUUCUGCAUAUCAAACAUUCAAUUUCCUGUUAUAGCCGUCUAAUAUUUUGUACUUAAUUAUUUUGAUAGUGCAAUUUCUCAAGGAAAACUUUGAGAAGUGUUCAACAUUUUUCAGCCCUGUUGACACAGUUGUUAUGCUUCAAGAUAUGCUUAUUUGGUCACUGAUUCUAGCUUGUAGUUGACCUUUUUUAAGUGGUUGUAGUAAGGCUUUAGUAUGCCACCCAAUGAAGUGUACUUACAUUGAUUGGUAUGAGUUCUGUUGUUUCUAUUUGGGAGUUGAAAAAUCAUAAAUGAGCCUGAUAACAUACAUCAAGCCUUUUAAUAUGUAUUAAGGUGAUAAAAUAGAUUAUCAAGGUAUUAUGAAUGUAAACUAAUCAUGUAAAAAAGUUAGUCUUAACUUGCCCAUCAUGAUAAGACUUUGCUUAGCAUGAAGACGUAGGUCGUUAGAUAAAAGUGUGAUCCACAUAUGGAUGCCCAAGUUUCUUUUGCAAGAAAUUGAAAUGUUGGCAUAUGUGAUGUAUCUUACAACCCUUCUCAAGAUAUUAUGUGUUAUGUUAUAAUAAUGCAUAAGGUAACAUGUAGCCUCUCAAAUUAUAUGAGGAGAUUAUCCUUAUAAUAAGGAGAUUUGUAACAUGUCUAAGAUGUGUAAUGGUAACUCAGUUUUUAGUGACUGCAAAGACUGUUUGUUGAAGUAACAUAAAUAGUGGUACAGAUUUCACUCAUCUUCAACAAAGUGCAUUUUAUUUACCAGCUCAGUUCUCUCACUAAUUAAGGAAAAUACAAUUUCAACUUUCUUUGACCAUCUUAUGUGUGAGCUGCAAUGAAGUCUUUUCCAUUUUGUACAUUGAAUGUUUACAUGAAACUUGUUUUAUACAUUACUGAAGGCUCACUGUUGCAUGGAAAUGUAUUUAUUUUGUUAUCGGUGUAUCAUGGACAUUGUUCGAGUACACUAAAGCCUACUGACAAAAAACUUAUUGAAACAUUGAUGUAAAGAAUGCUGGAGUAUGAGUAUUGCUGCCAGUCCUUCCUCUGAAACUUUGAAAUAGUAACAUGUUGCAUCAGUUUCAUGAAGUUUGUGACACGAAUGUCUUUUGGUAUUCAUUUCACUUGAGAACAUCACAAAAGCCAUACAGCAAUCAUCAAUCUGCUUUAUGCUUUUAGUCACUCCGUGUUUUGCAACUUCAAGAUUUUCACCUUAGAUUGCUGGUAAUUCACGUGUUGUAACAUUUUGCGAGUACACAAGUUUGGUUAUCUUCCACUGACUAAUAAUCUAGGACACUGACACUCAAGUUGGUAAGCUGGACAACACGUUAUACCACAAGUUGAUUCAGCACAUAAGCAUUCAGGUCUGUGGGACACCUAUGAAAACUAUGAUAGGUAAGAGGUAGGGUUGAUUAAGGAGGAUUAUCAUGUUUUAUAUAUUUAUGAACUAUGGUGUAACAAGAACACAAAAAGAGAUGUCAAUGACUCACGCACACAACAGUACCUUUAGGACACCAGAGUCAGGUGGUGUCUGCCGAUGAUCGUGUUAAGCUGAAGUCUCAUGAGAAGAGGCUUUAGUGUACUCUUUCUUAUUUUUAUUCUUUUUUUCAGAGUAAUGUUUUUAUAUAUUUGAUUAUUACUUGACCCUGUUUACCCAGACAAUACUGAGAGUUUGACAAUAGAUAUUACCCCAACCAGCAUAUACUGUACUAGUUGAUUUUUUAUGCAAAAGGAUAAAGUUUUGUAUUGUUGUGAAAAGUUUGAGGUGAUAUAUUUUGCCUUUAUACAGCAGUUGUAAGUUCAUCCAGUUUGCUUUGUCAGACUUCUUGUACAAUGUUUCUUUUAUUACAGAGCCACUUGUUUACACUGUUAUGUGAUAUGUCUUUGUAAGGGAGAAAAGCUUUUGUAAUAUUUAGUUAAUGGCUGAUUAUGACAGCUAAAGCAAUCUCUUGUGAUUUAUAAUUUCAGUAAUAUUAAAUGCAGGUUUUUUAAGUA